UGGAUUGAGAAGCUAUGCUUUAGAUUUCUAUGCGUUGUCCGACGGUCACAGAGAAUUGUAUCAUAGAAAAUCCAGUAGAGAAGACAGCCAUGACAACAAGACACCCUGUAGCUGUGUUGGAUGAUAUUUAUUACAGGCCUGUGUCAUUAGUUGAUGUGUUUGUGUGCAACAUUACAGAUAAGAAAAAGGCAACAAAACUUAUCCAAUCCCUUAAAAAAGAAUUCCCGUUACCUGAUCUGUGUCAUUUGAAAAGGAUAAGAGCUGUCAAAGGAGCCCAAGGUCAAGGCCAAGAUUCACCCUUACAAGUUAUACUUUGUGAUGGAUCUUGUGACAUAGAUAAGGUCUCAGUGACCAUAUCAGAAUCUCAGGAUUACUCGACCUUGACAAAACCCUUCAAGGUUAAAGUUCCAGCAAAGAUGCCUUUAACCAGACAACAGUAUGAGGAAUCCAUUUUGUAUUGGCCUGUAAAUUUUCAUGAAGACAAGAGUAUCACAAAGGCAUUGACAAACCAGGUAUUCAAUUCAGAAGAAAUUGAUAGAAUUAACUCUCACAUGGAAGAAGCCAUAGUCAUGGCAAAAAUAGCUGCUGAGUCCAAACAGCUCCCGUUAGGUGCAGUGGUAGUGGAUCCAGUUCAAAAUAUAGUAAUUGCCAAAGGUUAUGACCUACGACAUGGCUCUCACCCACUACAGCAUGCUGCCAUGGUAGCCAUUGACCUUGUGGCAAGGUCACAGGGUGGGGGUAUGUGGCCCUUACAAGGUUACAAGGAUUUGUACUACAAAGUUGCUGACCAGAGCUUGGAGUCUACUGCAUCUGUGACAUGUCCAGUAAUGACUGCUAACUAUGAGAAAACAGAUAAAGACAAAAAAUGUGGUCAAGCGACAAAUAAUGAUCAGUAUUCUAGCAACACUAGUGACCAAUACAGUUCUAAGUCUGGUCAAGUGAAGACAGGGCCAUAUCUUUGUACUGGUUAUGACAUUUACCUGACCAGGGAACCUUGUGUCAUGUGUGCUAUGGCCCUGGUCCAUUCUCGAAUAGGACGUGUAUUCUAUGGAAAAUCCUAUCCUAAGGAAGGAGCUCUCGGAUCAAAGUACAAACUCCACACCCAAACAGGCCUCAAUCAUCACUACCUAGUAUUCCGCGAUGUCCAGCGAACCAAGUGUGACCAGCUGUAUGAUACAGCUGUUACAUAAUUCAUUUCCAGUUCUAUAGAGUAUGGACAGUCAUUACAAUUAGAGAUAUAAUAUCACAGACUUAGUAAUAUAUCUGAAUCCGCGAUA